UUGGUGGUGAGGGAUUGUGGUCUGUUGCGGAACUCGAGGUGCUUAUAAAGGUGAAGCUCGAGAGACUGCAGGGCAGGGAUUUCCCGCCGCGCUUCGUGUUCUUUUUCCGUGUGUUCAGAGGUGAUUAGUGGGGCUGCGGGCUCUGAGGCUGAAGUGUGUUCAGUGCUGAAACUCCUCUGACUGGGUGUAUCUGCUGCUGCUGCUGCUGCUCGCCGGUUUGGACAAUGAGCGCGCGGCGCGUUUCUCGCGUUUUUUCGUCUCUAAAUCAGUCAGAGCGCGUCUGAGCGCGCGGCACCAGCCCGCACACACCAGCCGAUACACAGCGACACACGACUCGACAUGAAAUUCAACGGGUACAUGAGGCUGAGGGUCCGCGAGGCGGUGGAUUUAAAGCCCACCACCUUCUCCACCAGACACACCUUAAACAAGAAGACCCACCAGCUGGACCCCUACAUAGUGGUGAAAGUGGACGACUUUAAAGUGGGACAGACCGCCAUCAAGCCCAAAACCAACCGACCCGCCUUCAACGAGGAGUUCUGUCCCUAUGUGUCCGAGGGCAAGGAGCUGGAGAUCGCCGUCUUCCACGACACCCCGAUCGGCUACGACGACUUCGUAGCGAACUGCAGGAUCCAGUUGGAGGAUCUUCUAACGUCGUCCAGCAGCAGACAGAGUUUUGAGGGAUGGGUUAAUUUGGAACCAGUUGGCAGCAUCUACAUCUAUGUCUCUCUCACUGGAUCCUUCACCGAUGAUGAUUCUACUUGUAAUGGUAUAAAGACCCAUAAGGAGUUGACCAGGAAAAGACAGAGGGCUUUAAGGAGGAAGGUGCACCAAGUCAACGGACACAAGUUCAUGGCCACUUUCCUGAAACAACCAACUUUUUGCUGCCACUGCAAGAACUUUAUCUGGGGUGUUUUUGGAAAACAGGGUUACCAAUGUCAAGUGUGCACCUGUGUGGUCCAUAAAAGAUGCCACCAUCUGGUUGUGAGCGAAUGUCCAAGAAUGAAGAAAGCAGCAUGCGAGGAACCAAGCCAAGGCUUUAGCAUCAACUUACCUCACCAGUUCAAAGUGCACAACUAUAAAGUGCCCACGUACUGCAAUCACUGUGGAUCACUACUGUAUGGGCUGGUGAAACAGGGACUGCACUGCAAAGGCUGUAAGAUGAAUGUGCACAUACGCUGUGAAGAAAAUGUGGCCCCCAACUGCGGGGUGAACAGUGCACAGCUCGCCAGCAAGUUGGCAGAGAUGGGUCUACAGCCCAGCAAACUGACCAAAAGUGUCUCUAAGAAAAGCAUCACUGUAAAAUCUUCAAACUCCAGUGUUAAAAGUGAAGGGCAGUCUGAGGGGAUAGAGGAGGAGUGUGUAAAGGUGGGCCUGGAUGAUUUCACCUUCCUACGCGUUCUGGGAAAAGGAAGCUUUGGCAAGGUUAUGCUGGCUCGCAUGAACAGUAGUGACAGGGUGUUUGCAGUGAAGAUACUGAAAAAAGAUAUCAUACUGCAGGACGAUGAUGUGGAGUCCACCAUGAUAGAGAAGAGAGUGUUAUCACUGGCCCAACAACACCCAUAUCUCACCCACCUCUACUACUGCUUCCAGACCCCUGACCGCUUGUUCUUUGUCAUGGAGUUCGUUAAUGGAGGCGACCUUAUGUUUCACAUUCAAAAGUCUCGGCGGUUUGAGGAGGUUCGGGCUCAGUUCUAUGCUGCUGAGAUCACUUCUGCUCUCAUGUUCCUUCACUCCAAAGGCAUCAUAUACAGAGAUCUGAAGCUGGACAAUGUGCUUUUGGACAAGGAUGGCCACUGUAAACUGGCAGACUUCGGCAUGUGCAAGGAAGGGAUCUGUAAUGGAGUGCGGACAAACACGUUCUGUGGGACACCAGACUACAUUGCCCCGGAGAUCAUCCAGGAGGAACAGUACGGUGUGUCUGUUGAUUGGUGGGCUUUGGGGGUGCUCCUGUACGAGAUGCUGUCUGGGCAUGCUCCAUUCGAGGCUGAGACAGAAGACGAGCUCUUUGAGAGCAUUCUCAGAGAUGAAGUGAUCUACUCGUCCUGGCUCAGCAACGAGGCAGAAGACAUCCUUAAAGGGUUUCUGACCAAGGACCCUUCAUGUCGACUGGGCUGUACAGAGAGGGACGGAGGGGAGAAAGCCAUCGCUGCUCACAUGUUCUUCAAAGAUCUGGACUGGGAAAAGCUGAAGAAACGAGAAUUGGAACCCCCCUUUAAGCCACGAAUAAAAUCGUUUGAGGAUGUGAACAAUUUUGACCUUGACUUCACUCAAGAGGAGCCCACCCUCACACCCAUUGAAGAAGCACUUAUCCCCCUCAAUCAUGGAGACUUCAAAGACUUUUCAUACACAGCCCCAGAGCACCAGCGCAUUUAACAGACACACUAGUGUAUACUGCUUUUUAUUUAUCACCGGACAUUAGGACUUGUAUAUAAACAAAUGUACAUCACUCUGACAAAAUGUUUCAUGACAUUUUUAUAGAGACUGCAUAAGUUAUGUUGAGUGCAUAGUAACCACACAGUUUUUCUCACUGCUCUCCAAACAUUCAGCUGCUUUCCAAAGUACACCAAAGUGUUUGUGUCAGUCUUUUCCAGUCUCAUUCCUGUAAUACUCAGUUUUAUGCAGUGAUUCUAAAUUCAAGUCACUAAAACAUGUCCUAAUAGAUAAUACUCCCUAAUUCAAGAGAAGCAAAACGUAAUUUUGAAGCUGUUAGAAUACCCAUUUCAAAAAGUUUCCUUACAUCUAUUUUUUCCUGACAAAGACAUUUAUUAACCAAAAACAAAAAAUUAAAUUGUUUAAUUACCAGAAAGUCAUUAGUUUCACACUUAUUGUGAUCACUAAAAUAAAUGUAUUUCAGCAAAAGAAAAAUAUAAUAACAGUAUGUAUAAUUUAUAUCUAUAUAUUUGUCAUUUAGUGACUAUUUUACCAACCUACAGUGUGAAAAUACAUCUGGAGCAUUGCUGUUAAAGGAGUUUAUUAUCACAUUCAGUCGCAUUAUGGGUAAUGACAAGGUGCUGUGCGUGGGACUGAGAAUGGACAGUUUACUUAAUAUUUGUAACACACAAAUAUUUGAUUCAGGCUUAAUAUUGUGCAUGGUAUAUGUAUUUCGAGAAACCACAGACUAGGAACAAAGUAAUACAAAGUAAGUGAAAUAUUGUUCCCAUCAAGAACUGUGAAUUGCUUGACCUGAAUUUAAUUGCAGUAUUUUUUAAUUGCACGGUAUCAAUAAAAAUCUAUUUUCUGAUCUAUUUUCAUACACAAGACACACCGGAUUAUAAGGCGCUUUAUGCAACACUAAUAAGGAAGAAAGGUGUCGCCAAGUUUCCCUUCUAAUGAAGCAGGUCUCGUCAAGCUAAACUAAGUAAACAAAACUGUAAUUCUUAAAAAAAACAUUUUCUUUUCAAGUCAAAUGAGUGCUGGGUGUUAAUCUACAAGCGCUUCUGUUUACUUACAGUAAGCUUAGAUUUUCAGAUUUUCACUAAGACUGGGGCAUUAGCGGUUAGCUGGUAAUGCUAAUGAUGCUCCAGGAGUGCUAGCCGGCAUUAGCACCUCCGUACAGGGAAAGAGCUAGUGCUUAGUGCGGUUAGCAGCUAAUGCUAAUACUGCUCCAGUCUCUGUGCUGGAGCACUAAAGUGAAACUGCUGUUUAAUGCUGCACUUUAGCAGAGUGGCUUUAUGGUAAAAUUCAUAACAUAAGGUGCACUGAUGAUUUUUAGGAAAAUUAAAGGGUUUUAAGGGUGCCCUACAGCAGGAAAAAAACGGUAAUGACCAUGUUUGUGCAAAAAGCCAUGCAUACAUGCUUAUUCAUGUAUUUUUAUGCACUGAAAACGAUGGGUUUGAUCUAGUCUGUCCAGUCUGCAAUGCUGUAGAUGUCUAUAUUUGUCCACCUUUAUUUAUGUGAUGAUGCCAUUUAAAUAUAAAUGUAUAUUUAAUUGUCUCAGGACACUGCCUAAUAUAUUAGUGAUGCAGUUUGCAUUUAGUCUGUUACUGAAGAGUGGCGAGUGUUUACCCCAAACUGACUGACAUCAUUGUACACAUUGAAAGAGCAGUUAAAUGAUUUUAUAACAUGCCCCAAAGCGGUGACAUUACCAGCAUAUAAUGUUCCCUCUGCUUCACUGAAUUAUUAAAUAUAUAUGCUUAACCUGACACAGGUGGAAGCAUUACUUUUUCAUGAGAGAAAUAAAACAUCUCAUUUACACCUCAAAACAACAGUGGAGGUGUACCCUUCUACAGUAACUUCAGUCAGCAGGCAUGCAAACCUCUUAUAAAUCUUUAACAUUACUGGUCUUGUGUCAAUCAUGGGUUUUGAGGUGACCUUAGUGGGAUUAUGUCAGACCCUGUUUCAAAGUUGUUGUUUUUUUUUUUUUCAGUUAAUCAGGUGUAAAUUUGGUCUAAAUAAAUGUUUUGUUACUUUUCUGUUGA